AUGAUGAAGUCGAGGUCGACCUUUGUCGAGUUCUGGUUUAGCUUGGACGGCGCGUGGUCAGGCUGGUCCUCGUGGAGCGACUGCAGCGCCACCUGCGGCCCGGGCGUGCAGCGCAGGACGCGCACCUGCACGAGCCCGGCGCCCGCCAACGGCGGCAAGGACUGCCCCGGCGCGCCCGCGCAGAAGGCGGACUGCGUGUCCGAGUGUCCAGUUCGUCCCAACACCGUGCCGCAGGCCAAGUACGACGGCGUGCAGCUCACCGAGGAAGCUGAGGGCGAGCUCCACGCGGCCCUGUACGUGGGCCUGGGCGUGGCCUUCUCCGUCUUCUCCCUGGUGGCCGUGCUGCUGGUGCGCGUGCUGCGGCGACGCGGCCGCCGGGGUCGUCGCGCCUACACCGAGGCCUCCACCGAUGAAUACAUAAAUGGACAAAGUUUAUCUCCAUUAUUCAACUGUACAUACACUGUUAUAUUUUUAUUUGAAAAUUUAUUACUGACCAAUGCAAAUAUUCAGAGGCUUGCUAUUAAGAAAGUGAACUCAGUUUCAAAAUUAAAUUUAGAAGACAGCCCUUUUAGAUAUGACCUAUCACAAAUUGCAAGUAUACCAAUGUUGUCACCUGUUGUUUGUGUCGCUGAUAUAACUGCAAGUCUUUGA